CUCUUCUUACCCUGCACCCAGAGCCUCGCCAGAGAAGACAAGGGCAGAAAGCACCAUGAGUGGGGGCCCAAUGGGAGGAAGGCCUGGGGGCCGAGGAGCACCAGCGGUUCAGCAGAACAUACCCUCCACCCUCCUCCAGGACCACGAGAACCAGCGACUCUUUGAGAUGCUUGGACGAAAAUGCUUGACGCUGGCCACUGCAGUUGUUCAGCUGUACCUGGCGCUGCCCCCUGGAGCUGAGCACUGGACCAAGGAGCAUUGUGGGGCUGUGUGCUUCGUGAAGGAUAACCCCCAGAAGUCCUACUUCAUCCGCCUUUACGGCCUUCAGGCUGGUCGGCUGCUCUGGGAACAGGAGCUGUACUCACAGCUUGUCUACUCCACCCCCACCCCCUUCUUCCACACCUUCGCUGGAGAUGACUGCCAAGCGGGGCUGAACUUUGCAGACGAGGACGAGGCCCAGGCCUUCAGGGCCCUCGUGCAGGAGAAGAUACAAAAAAGGAAUCAGAGGCAAAGUGGAGACAGACGCCAGCUACUCCCACCACCAACACCAGCCAAUGAAGAGAGAAGAGGAGGGCUCCCACCCCUGCCCCCGCACCCAGGUGGAGACCAAGGAGGCCCUCCAGUGGGUCCGCUCUCCCUGGGGCUGGUGACAGUGGACAUCCAGAACCCUGACAUCACGAGUUCACGAUACCGUGGGCUCCCAGCACCUGGACCUAGCCCAGCUGAUAAGAAACGCUCAGGGAAGAAGAAGAUCAGCAAAGCUGAUAUUGGUGCACCCAGUGGAUUCAAGCAUGUCAGCCACGUGGGGUGGGACCCCCAGAAUGGAUUUGACGUGAACAACCUCGACCCGGAUCUGCGGAGUCUGUUCUCCAGGGCAGGAAUCAGCGAGGCCCAGCUCACCGACGCCGAGACCUCUAAACUUAUCUACGACUUCAUUGAGGACCAGGGUGGGCUGGAGGCUGUGCGGCAGGAGAUGAGGCGCCAGGAGCCACUUCCGCCGCCCCCACCGCCAUCUCGAGGAGGGAACCAGCCCCCCCGGCCCCCUAUUGUGGGGGGUAACAAGGGUCGUUCUGGUCCACUGCCCCCCGUACCUUUGGGGGUUGCCCCACCCCCACCAACACCCCGGGGACCCCCACCCCCAGGCCGAGGGGGCCCUCCACCACCACCCCCUCCAGCUACUGGACGUUCUGGACCACUGCCCCCUCCACCCCCUGGAGCUGGUGGGCCACCCAUGCCGCCACCACCGCCACCACCGCCACCGCCGCCCAGCUCCGGGAAUGGACCAGCCCCUCCCCCACUCCCUCCUGCUCUGGUGCCUGCCGGGGGCCUGGCCCCUGGUGGGGGUCGGGGAGCGCUUUUGGAUCAAAUCCGGCAGGGAAUUCAGCUGAACAAGACCCCUGGGGCCCCAGAGAGCUCAGCGCUGCAGCCACCACCUCAGAGCUCAGAGGGACUGGUGGGGGCCCUGAUGCACGUGAUGCAGAAGAGAAGCAGAGCCAUCCACUCCUCCGACGAAGGGGAGGACCAGGCUGGCGAUGAAGAUGAAGAUGAUGAAUGGGAUGACUGAGUGGCUGAGUUACUUGCUGCCCUGUGCUCCUCCCCGCAGGACAUGGCUCCCCCUCCACCUGCUCUGUGCCCACCCUCCACUCUCCUCUUCCAGGCCCCCAACCCCCCAUUUCUUCCCCACCAACCCCUCCAAUGCUGUUAUCCCUGCCUGGUCCUCACACUC